GUUAAAUUACUCACAGACCACGUGAGGGCUGGAGCACAUAAAAGGGAAGGCAUAGCAACGGAGAGCAGCACUCCUUCGGCUUCAAAGCUACCUUAACCUAAGUGGGCAGAGAAGGAAAACCAUGAGUGCCAUUUCCAUGAAUUCCUUGAAGAGCUCCCUGCUGAAGCUAGAAUGUCAUUUUACAUGGACCUUGCUGAAGCAGGAUGUGGAUCUCGGACACCUAGAAGAAACAGUAGAUGAUCAGAUCGAGUUUUUCAUAGAAUCCAACAUCACAAAUUAUAAUCUACUAGCCUAUGUAUGCCACCUAAAGGGUUCAAAUGAGGAAGCCCUGAGAAAUCUCCAAAAAGCUGAAGCAGCAGCUCAAAAAAAUCAUCCAGAUGAAAUUGACUGGAGAAUUCUUGUUACCUGGGGGAACUAUGCCUGGAUCUAUUACCACAUGAAAAGAUAUGAAGAAGCUCAAACUUAUAUAAACAAAGUGGAAAACAGCUGCAAAAAGCUUUCAAAUACUGACCAAUGGAAGAUUCAACUUCCGGAGAUCUAUGCUGAGCAAGGAUGGGCAUUAUUAAAGUUUGGGAGAAAAUACUAUGAGAGAGCAAAGGAUUGUUUUGAAACUGCUCUGAAGAAUGAACCCAAUAACCCAAGAUUUAAUGCUGGCUAUGCAAUAGUAAUGUAUCGUUUGGAAGACUUCUCUCUCAGACAAUGUGAAGAAAUAAUCCCGUCCCUUGAGCUCCUGAAGCGUGCAGUGGAACUGAAUCCAAAGAGUACUUUCAUUAUGGCAUUACUCGCGUUAAAACUUCAAGACGUAAAGCAAGCUGAUGAAGGGGAGAGGUACAUUGAAGAAGCAAUGCAGAUAACCCCUGAUCUUCCUUAUGUCCAGCGAUACGCCGCUAAGUUUUACAGAAGGAAAGGAGAAGUGGACAAAGCGGUGGAGAUUUUGAAAAAGGCCCUGGCAGUGACACCAAAAUCUGCCUUUUUGCAUCACCAACUAGCACUCUGCUACAAAGGAAAGCUGUAUCAAUUGAAAAACACUACAAGAUAUCCACCUCAAGAGCAAGUGGAGGAAGUCAUCCGACUUGCCAUUUUUCAUCUUAAAACAGCGAUUGCCCAAAAGGCAAAAUUUUUUACUGCCCACAUUGAACUAGCAAACAUGUAUGCAGAAGGAAAGAGGUAUGAAGAAGCAGAAGAGACAUUUCAGAAAGCGUUUCAGAUAAAUAUUCUAUUCGAUAAUGAUAAACAAGAAUAUUACUACCGUUAUGGCAAUUUUCAGCGUUUUCAUAUGAAAUCGGAAUCUGAAGCCAUUAGGUAUUACCUAGAAGGGCUGAAAAUUGAUAAAGAGUCUUAUGGAAGAAUUGCGUGCAGAAAUGCUCUCAAGAAAUUGCUGGAAAAAAGAAUUCAGAGAGGUUUAGAAGACGCAGCAGAUUUUGGUACACUUGGACUUGUUCAUAAGCUAAGCGGUGAAAAACACAAAGCAAUUGAGUGCUACGAGAAAGCCAUUGCACUGUGUCCCAACAAUGAAGAAUAUCUGAGUGCAUUAUGUGAGCUACGACUUUCCAUCUCAAGCUAAAUCUCCCCAAGAUCCUUCACGCCAAAAAAAACCCAAACCCAAGGACAUUUUAGCAGACUUUCAAAACCACUUUUUUUUUUUUUUUUUUUAAGGUUGAUGUUAUAACCGGAUGAAACAUCUGGUGGCAUCGCUUUCUGGUGAUAAUGUAGAAACUGCAGAUUAUGAUUGUUCAUUUGUUUGUUCAUUCACCCACAGAGAGCGUGCUUGGGAAGACUAAAUAGCAGUUAAGAUAUCUUGGUCUUCAAUGCUAAUGCUGGUAUAAAAGUUGCGUUUAAGUGAUGAUCUGCAGAACAGAGAGCUUCUAAUCAAAUGAUAUCUAAAUUAGAUAUUACCGUUUACUGAGAAAAAGAUAAGGGAAUCAUUGUAGUAUUUCAUCUAUCCACUUGAAAGCCAUGUUAUACACAAAUGGAAUUUCUGAUGCUUUUUCAUAUGUUUAAAAAAAAUGUAUUUUUUAGUGUUAUUUAGAAGACGCUUUUGUUGAAGACUUGUUUGGUUUACUAGCUUGUAUGUUGUUUAACUAUGAAAAAUAACUACUGUAUGGCUAGUUCCCUGGAAAGCUUAAAAAACCUGUAUUAAAGAGCAUUGCAUCCAUCAACUGUCACUUC